AUGGUAGAGCAACCCGCAAACGUGGAUGCCGCCGUGAAUACCCCAGUUGUGGUUGAUUCAAACGAUGAUGGAACAGUCGCCCAGGAACUGGAAUUAGAGCAUAUGAGGAGUAUAUUGGAAGAGGCGAUUGUGGAAACGCGCAGUACGCCUCUCGAAAAUCGACCGCGACUUCCCCGCAUAGCCCUAAGCAAGCGGAAUCGGGCUGUCGUGAGGGCUCUGAACCCAAUGCUGGUUACCUAUUUGGAAGCCAGCCGGGACCUUUGCGAGACGGACUCAAUUCUUUUUGGCGCCGCGCUGGCAGUCUGCCGUAUCAUAGGCGCCAAGGUUUCCACGGCUGGACGCGCUACUGGCCAUAGUAGCGCUAUCCCAGCAUGGAGAAGAAGAAUUGAGGAACGUAUCGCAAAGGCUAGAGCUCUCAUCGGCAGACUGAUAUGCUUCAGAUCAGGCAACAACAGGCCAAGAAUUGUGCGCACCGUCAGGAUGGCGUUUGCUGGGACAAAUGUCAGUUUGUCCCAGCCGGAUAUAACGCAAAAACUGACGGAGCGCAUAGAUGAUCUGAAGCAGAGAAUCGCUGCUUGGGGAAAGCGGAUUCGGCGAUAUACCGAGAGGUCGACACGGUUCAACCAGAAUCGUCUCUUCCAGAGUGAUCAGAAGAGGCUCUAUGAAUCAUUGGAGCGACCAAUGGUAAGUGGAACGGGUCCAGCACCGAAUCAGGCCGACACUGUAGCAUUCUGGCGCGGCCUGUGGUCAGAGCCCGUAAACCACAGCGAGGGCCCUUGGACGGAAGUUGUGGCGAGUCAGUGUGCGGGUAUUACGCCCAUGGACCCCGUCAUCAUAACGCCGGAUGACGUAGCUGAGGCGGUUCGUAGGGCCCCGAACUGGAAAAGUCCGGGGCUUGACGGGCUGCAUCACUACUGGCUGAAGCGGUUCAUGGUGUGUCACUCUGUGCUCGCCCGACGGUUUCAAGAGGCUCUCACCCCGCAGUCGCUCCCAAGCCUCUUCACUACUGGGAUCACUCAUUUAGUUCCUAAAGACCAGGACUCGGCUAAAUCGCUUACAGUUCCGAGAUAA